AUGCAGGCUGUGAAACAGCUUGUGGUAGUACUGCUCAGUUUCUUUACAAUCUUCGCAUCGGCACUGAUAGCAUGGAAAAGCUUGGGGACGUAUAUGAAGACUCUAACGCCUAUUAUAAUUGUGUUUAGUGAAAGCAUGGAACCAGCCUUUCAUAGAGGCGAUUUGUUGUUAAUUAGUACGCCCGAUGAGCCAAUCCAAGUGGGAGACGUAAUAGCGUAUCGAGUUAAAGGCAACCCUAUGCCAAUUGUCCAUAGAGUGAUAAAGAUACAUGAAAAUAAACAACUUGAUUCAGCGUACAUUUUGACCAAGGGUGAUAACAUCGACUUUAAUGACAGAAGUCUUUAUUACACGGACCAGUUAUGGGUUAAACGUGAAGAUGUUAUUGGAACAGUCCGGGGGUUUAUACCAUAUAUCGGUUACAUUGCGAUUGCAAUGAACGAAUAUCCAGGACUUAGGUGGAUAUUGGUGCUCGCAAUGGGUUUUUGUGCUGUCGUAUAUAGAGAACAGCUGUAA